CUUUAUAAAGGAAAAAAAAAUGGAACAACCAUCAGUCACUUAUUCUGCUACUCUAUCUAUUGACUACUUCGGUCAAACUCAUAACCGGGCCGAUCCGGAAACUUUAAAUUGUUCUUCUCAGUAUCAGGAAACGGACAUAUACUCCGAACAACAAGAACAAUGUCUCACAAAUGUAACCCAAACUCGAUCAUCAUAUGUGCCUCGAUAUAAUCGUUCUCUUCAAAAUCGUAAAAUACAACGAAAAAUAAGACAUGCGAAAAAUGCGAACACAUUGAAUUAUCUUAUACAGUUACCAAGACAAGUCACAAACAACCCAUUUGCAGAUCAAAUAUUUAAUGGGGCUGAUUUUUAUUAAGGAUGAUUGUUAUAUGUGUGAUCAGCACGGGCUUCUCCAUGAUCGUCAGCCAAUA